ACGAUGCAGCCGGCUAAUCAGCGCAGCGGAAAAGCGUUGUACAAAUAUGUACAUACUCACACAAGUGGAAUUACUUAUAACGUGCUAAUGUCGGUGCGCGUUUAUUGCUACUGUAUAAUAUUAUGUGGAGAGCGCGCUGUGACGGAUUGAUUUGCUUGAUACUUACUGUUUUUCCGCUCCUCCGCGACGACCUGUUGGAUUAUUAUUGGCCAUAUGAGCAUUGACUUUGCCCAAUGCACCAUCCGCAUAUGUAAUGGAUGGACUACAGUAACCGCUAAUUUGGUUACGAAUCACUGUGACAGAAUUGGCUUGACGAAUUAUUCGGUUACCACAUACAAGCGGAAGAAAGCUGUAGCAGUUCCCUCGUUAUAGCGGAAAUAAUAUUUACUUGUACGCAGCAUCAUUGUUUUCUGCCAGCCAUUAUCAUUUUAUUCAGGCGAACGGAAUCGAACGCAAAACUGCUGUGGCGGAGAAGAGAGAUGGAAUAUUAAUGAUUUGAAAAGCUGCUGCACGAUCCGUUGUGCUUGGACGGUUUUCUUGGUCGACAAUGUCGCUGCGCAUGUGCAUUUGUAUAGAGUGUAUAUGUUAGCGUUCUGCGUCACCAUGGAAAGAUGAGUUAUGCACUACGGAAAGACCGCUCUCCCGUGGUCGCUCUGACACCCACCGCCACCGAGAAGCCCCCCACCGGAAAUCAAUCCCGUGUCCAUGUGCCUGCUGACCGUUCGACGCGCAGUGCCCUCCCGCCCACCUCCAGCUUCCUGCGCAACCGCUACAACUUCCUCCGCAAGACCGAGGACGCCGGCGCGAAAAAGCCGGCAACGGACAGCGGUGUCGCGCCGGCGCCCAUGUCCGAAGUGAACCCGGUGUACAGCAGCACCGACCGCGUCCACGCCGAUGCCGACAGCAGCAACAUCUCCACGCUUAACGUCACAAUCAAUCCGAAGUUCGACGAACCGGCUGACACGGAGCGGACACCGACUGCCACCCGCCCCGAGCUACCGCCCAAACCGGUUCUAACCGAGAUCCAACGACCGGCAGAACCGGCAUCACCCUCCGAAAGUCCGACAAAGAAAGGUCGCGGGAUCUUGCGGGUGGCUUCCCUCCGCGGGAUCCGUUCGCGGACGCCAUCCCCGAAGAAAAAAGAGGAGUUCCUGCAGGAGAGCGUGAUGUACACGAAACUGAAACCGGCCCCGCCGGAGCCACCGUUAAGUGGCAAUCGGCAACAUCUACUGCGGCGCCGCACUCCGGAGAACGUAACCCGCGUGGAGGUGUCCGCGCCGCAGCUGGUCAGCUCCACGGCAACCGGCGCCACCACCAUCCAGAUCGGUGGCGCACGGGCGCCGUCACCCGCUCCGCAGAAGACAACCGUUAUACCGUCGCCGGUUCAUGUGCAACAUCCGGUCAGUAAGGUCAACGUCAUUGUGGAGCCCCCUCCCGGCACUCCCGACAUCCCGCCGAUGAAAGUUAUCCCGUCACCGGUCCAACCGUUUCCAGAUGCGAAACCGGAGCCGACCAUCACGCCGGUGUAUAGUCAGUUAAGCCAGGCACGAGCCAUGCUGAAGAGCACGACAACCACGAAAAGCGAGCAUUUCUCGUCAGCGGCGUCCACGUCUUCUUUCAUUCAGCCGAACAUCCGUCCGAUUCCGCCGCGGAAACCGUUGCGUCGCAAUGAGAUUACCGAGACGCUGAUGGAAGUGCUCCCGCAGAAGACACAAGCUCCUGGGCAAAAUAUUCCCAUCGAGCUGCACAAAGAGGCGGGUGGAGUCAGCGGAAGUCGAAAACACACUAGCAUCAAUAUCAACCGCAUCUCCAGCAAUCUGACGCCAGCGGCACCGGUGGCGAGGGAAAUGCCGGUUAAUAUUCGACGGGAAGAGGAAGUCAUGACGCCAACGUAUGAAGGACAUAUGAAUUUCGACGACGAUAUUCGGUCGAAUUUCUCAUCGCAUAUGGGGUAUGAACCCUCGUCGGCGGAUGAGACAACCGAAGAGCUGGUUAAGAAAUCACUGGUUAAAGCGUCACAUGGGCAUAUGCGGAAAAGUCACAGCACGACAAUUGGGAAUAUUCAGGAGGAACCCAGAGCAAGUCCCAUAGAAGAAACCAAACCGGCACCGCCAUCAAACUUCGAACCAACCAGUAAUCAAAAUACCGCCGUCGAAAAAGCCUCCCAUUAUAAAACCACACUGGCUACGCGCGGCUACAAGCCGGCGGUGGCGUAUACAUCGCCCGAUGAAAGUGAUUCGUCGCGUGGAGGUGGGCGUGUGGGGGGCGGCGGGGGCCGGGUGUCGUACAUUGCCUCCACGCGGCCCAGCCGGCUGGUGGAACGCAGUCAGCAUCACAUCGCUACCGACAUCGCUCCCGCGCCGGUGCCGCGUGAACCACCAGUACCGGCGACACAGGAUGUGACGUCAGCCGGUCGGAGGAAGUAUGCGGAACGACGUUUGGUGCUGCGCAACUUUGAGGAUGCACUGCAGCGGAAGCGGCAGACGAGUGCGUCGUCGGUGGACAGCGGCGACAGUCACGAGUAUGAUAGUCUGCGGGAUCGUGCGUUCGAGCAGCGCGGAAAUGUGGGCGGGAACAAGAAUGGGUAUAUGGGACGGCUUGCAGCUGGCACCGCAUAUGAUAGGCAAAAAUCCAGCGCAGUGACACGUUCCCGCUACGAGCACUGGUCCAGCGACGACGGCGCCUCCGACUCCAUCGGCAUCCCGGAGCCCCUUCCGGAGUACGAGUACCCCAACCGCAUCCAGGGUCGCACUAUCCAGGAGGAGCAGCAGAUCCGCGAGACCGUCCGCCUCCGCUCCAACUCCUCCUCGUCAUCCGGCUCCGAGCACUCACCGACCCGCGGCUACAGCGACGCCCACCGCGAGCGUCACCACUUCAGCCGGCACUUCGAAAUCUCCCCGGAAGAACUGCACACCGCCCGCUCCCUCAUUCACCACCGCCUCCCGCCCACUUACACCGAACCGCCGCCCCCGAUGGUCACCCAGCGUCACCCCUCGCAGUCACCGGCCCGUCGACCGCCACACCUCCCUCCACCCAGUCCGGUGCACGUUGGGCCGGUGGUGCACCAUUCCGACGGGGAGACGCGCUACUAUCCGGAAAAGCCCAAGAAGAAGCUGGGCAUCGUGCGCCGCCUGUCAGAGUUAGUGCGGGGCGAACGGAAGUUUGGCAAGCGCAACGAAUCUCCACCGACCAUGGUCCGCAACGCCUCCAGUUCCUCCACAGAACAGAUGGACCGGAAGACCCCGGAGCCGAUCCCGGCGGUGGGGAGGCUCAGUGUACGCCGGCAGAGCCCGGUGCGGCGCUACCAGGAUAAGCCGGGCAGCACCGGCGUCGUUCAGUGUGGAGCGGGGGGAGCUUUCUACGCCGGGCACCGGUGGCCAAAAAUGCCUGGCUUCCGUAGUUCCGGGAACUUUCCGGAUGCAACGGCGGCGUCCUUCGCGUACAUGAAUUAACCAGCGCCGCGGUGUAUGCUU